AUGGCUAGUGGUGGUGGUGCUGCUGCUGCUGCUGAGGAAGUGACGGUGGUGGAGAACAGAGAAUGGUAUUUAUGUGCCUAUGCACCAGAAGGUGUCCCAACUUCUGAUCAUCUAAAACUACGCACUGUAAGCUUCUCUCUCUCUGCUGACGCAAUCCCAGAUCAACACGUGGCUCUUCGGGUCAUCUAUAUCUCUUUUGAUCCAUAUCUUCGCGCCAAAAUGUCCGGCCAUGAAGAUGGGCUCUACGUUCGUCAGUUUCCGCUCGAUAAGGGAAUAAAAGCAUUCGGGAUGGGAAGGGUAAUUCGGUCCAAGGACAUCAAGGGCAUGUUUGUGGCUGAAUAUAGCGUUGUACCAUCCAUUUUCCUUCAAAAAGUUGAUCCAACGGUUGCGAUUACAUUACCAGAUCACCUUGGUUGCUUCGAGGUGCUUGGGAAGCCUAAGCCAAGAUCAAAUGUCUUUAUCUCGGCGGCCGCUGGAGGCGUCGGAAUGUAUGCCGGAAAAUUGGCAAAACUCAAAGGGUGUCCAGUUAUAGGAAGCACCGGCUCUGACGAAAAGAGCAUUGGUAAUUUGUCAGCAGCCAUGGCAGUUCUGCGAAUGACUGGAAGUCUUUGCAUAUAUUGCAGGUUUUCCCCUAAUGGCAUUGAUGUUUACUUUGACAAUGUUGGUGGUAACAUGCUUGAGGCUGUCCUUAACCAUGUCAACAAUGGCGCCCGAAUACCAGUUUGUGGGAUGAUAUCUCAAUACAGUUACCAUAGUUUUGUACUUUUCAAUGUUAAUAAAAAACAUGUUACAACUCGCCUUUUCAACAUUCUUGCUUUUAGUAAAAUGUUACACACGUUUAUGAUCGGUUCAUAUCGAGAUCGCUUUGGGGACUUUGCAAAAGAGAUGCAGGGUUACAUAAAGGAAGGGAAGAUCAGUUUCAAACACAAAAUCUGUCAUGGUAUUGAGAGCUUCUUGGAGGGCAUAGCUUCCAUGUUCUCCAGCACAAAUAUUGGAAAAGUUAUUCUUCAAAUUUAG